AAGAAAGCAAGAAGAGGCCGACCCUAUUUUACUUAUAUUUAAAAAUAUAGAAAAUUAAUAUCUAAUAUUACUAAAAUCAGCGAAGACUCUAACUCAUAAUUUUCUCUUAAGAUAUACCAAAUUAUGCAAAAAUAAAUAGAAACCUUAGAAAAUACAGAGCACUAAAAAGAGUUUCCCCUUUAACUACUCGAUAUUACAACUUCACAACCAAUCAUCCCUACUGACACUUCUGAAAAGAAAUAAGAUUCUUUUACUUAAAUUGAAUAAUCAUUUUCUGGUUCCAACUCUCUGCAAGGAAGCUUAACACAUAUCUAAUCUAACUUACAAUCUGAUUAAAUACAAUCUUGUUAAGAGACAUAAUUAAAAUCAGAAAGCUAAAAUAUCCAAUCUUCUUUAUCUGAUUUUAAACUUACAGAUUAACUUUUAGAUUCAAAUACUGCGCUUACUUAAUCAAUACCAUUCUUACCUUAAAAAAAAUAAAUAAAAAGUAGUAUUAAUAAAGAGGAGAACAACAAGCCAGGACUUUAAAAUUAAAAUAUAUAAAAUAAUACUUCAAAUAAAUCAAAUAAAUAAAAUAUCUCUUCAAAUUACAAUUAUUACCACACUUAACACAAAAAGCUAUAAGGAGUGAGUUUGUAAAAUCGCAUCUUUCCUCUUAAUAAUUUAGUUUCUUCUUCUUAAAAAUUGUAGACCUCUAAUACCCCUAUUGCAUCUUAGCAACCUAUGUAGAAAUCUGAAAAAGUGUUGAGAUUGCUUAAAAAAGAUAUCACAUCCUGUCAAAUGCUUGAUUCAGUUAGUACAACUUAUAGCGCUAUGAUCCCUACCACCAAUCUAGAUAAUAAUUUUGAUGAAGCUAACGAUGAUCCAUGUAAAAUGUAUGAGAGUAAUUAAGUGUAGAUAGAUGAGAGCGAUACUUUAGAAAAAAAGAUUCACGAAUGGCUCGAUUAAAUGGACGUGCAUAUUACAUGCCCAUCUUCUAAAAUGCAUGACUACUUUGAUAGUAUCAGAAAAAAUACUUAUUGGGAUAUUCAUAGCAAAAUAUUAAGCGGUGAAGAUCUCGACUGCUUUCCAACUCCAGGAUCUCAAUCUUCAUUCAAUCAUCUUAGUCAGAUGACAGAAUCCCCUAAUCCAUUUACACCAACCCCUCUCCUCGAAAGGAGAAAUCCAGGAUAGCUCACUACUCUUCUUCCUGCUUGCAGCUUCCUUAACCGUAGACGUCACACACAAAAACUUGAUGAUAAAAAAUCUAAAGAAAUUGAAGAAGUCUACGACGAGUGGGAUUAAGACUGA